AUGAAGGUCUCGCCCAACCGGUCAUCAAUCUCCCAGAGCAGCCAAGCCCGAAAGGAUUUCGGUGUUAGUCCUCCCCGCGCUAAGCCGUUUACCAAGAACGCUAUGCGGGAUAUCCCUCAUACGGUGCCCUGGUAUUGGAGUGGCAGGUUUGGCCGAGUGCUUGGCAUUAUCUUGGCUUACCAGCGGAGCGGCAUGCCCCCGCGUGGUCAUGCGGGACAUAUCUGGGGAUAUCGGUAUCUUGGUGUUCACUACGAAGAUUUUGCGGAGUAA